CACCGUUCAUAAAAACCCCUAUUUUGAGAAAAUCUUAUUUUAAUUUUUAGUUGUAUUACAAAACAAGAAAUUGCAACAGACCAUAAUUUACAAAAAAAAUUCAAUUACAAUUUGCAAAUCAGCCCUAAUUUUAGCCCCAAUUCGCAACAGAAUCGUAUCUCGAGAUCACAUCAGGCAAAUUCGAUAGGGUUCCAAUCGCACAAACAGAUAAACUCCUAAUCGAUUUCUGAUCAAAUGCCUCCGUUCAAUUCCGCACCGAGGGCGCUCGCCCGAUUGGUGGCUCUCCGGAAUCCAUUGCGGCAGCGGACGAGAGACUUUCCUAGCUACAACCAGAUUCGGCGUUCGAGGAACAUCGCCGGAAAUAAUGCGUUUUCUUCGGUGGAAAAUGGGCGUUACGGGAAUUGCAAUUCGCUAGGCUGUGCAAAUUUAUCGCAUAUUAGUAGUAUUGUUCACCAAAAGAGAGGGUUUCUGGGAUGCGGUGAUGGCGAAGAGGGUAGUAUGCUAUCAAAAGUGCACCAAGAAAGGCAUGUUAUGGGAUAUUCACCUGAACAAUUGUUCAAUGUGGUUGCUGCGGUUGACAUGUAUGAAGAUUUUCUUCCUUGGUGUCAGCGCUCACAGAUAAUUUGCCAGAACCCUGAUGGAAGUUUUGAUGCGGAGUUAGAAAUUGGCUUUAAAUUUCUCGUCGAAAGUUAUACAUCCCAUGUGCAGCUAACCAAACCAAAAUCCAUUAAGACGACUUCAUCCCAAACUAGUCUUUUUGAUCAUUUGAUUAAUGUCUGGGAAUUUAGCCCUGGACCCGUUCCUGGAAGUUGCAACCUCUAUUUUAUGGUGGACUUCAAGUUUCAGUCACCAUUUUAUCGACAGAUUGCCAAUAUGUUCUUCAAAGAAGUGGUUUCUCGGCUUGUUAGUUCAUUCAACGAUCGAUGUCGACAAAUAUAUGGACCUGGGGUGCAAGUUCUUGAAAAUAGUUAUGAGCACAGAACAUAAGAGUCGUAUCGAUCUAUUUCUUGAAACGAUGACGUUUUAUGUUUCCUUAGUUUUAUUCGGUGAUGGAGAGAAGAGGUAAAAUGGUGCAUGUAUAUGGUGAAAAAUGGAUACCAGGCUCAUCUCCCUUUUAGCCAUAUUGUUCUUUCUUUACUAUUUCUGUUUCUUUUACCUUAUGACCAUAUCUCUCAAUUCUGAAUUCUGAUGUAUCUGUUUUAGGUUUAGGCCCAUAGGCCAUUUUGAUCUUCGCCUCCUUACACAAUAUCUAUCUGAGAAAAUAAAAUAGGAAUUUUCACUCAA